UUGUCAUGUGUCUAAUUUGGCGCACGAUGAAGUUAUAUCACUGCUUCCCCUUGUAAAAAGAUUUUGUUAUUGGAUAUGUAAUUACAUUAUCUUUAAUUACAUCAGAGAGACGCAUGAUUCGGUGCCAAAAUAUCUGGUUAAGUAUUUUUGUACUAGGCAUGCGCGAGUUAGAGGUUAAGUACUUUCUAAAUAUUUGCUACAUUCAAAAAGGAAAGCGCAAAAGGACAACUGGAGUUAAUUAUCAAGCUUGUUAUGUGGUGACGAUGAAUAUUUCGGACAUUGAACAGUACUUAACUUGGUUAAAGGGAAAUCACAAUGGGACUUUUGAUUUAGACUACUACUACGACCUUGCAGACACAUACGAAAUAGAGACAUUCCGAAUAUGGGAAGAGAGACUGAAAACGGUGAAAAUAUUAAACAAAGUUUUUUUAGUCGUUUCCAUCCUUAUAGCUGUUAUCGACUUCCUUUUGCUGAUUUCCAUCUUCUCCGCAUCGGUACGAGAGCGAUCGGCGAGCUGGUACCUGUAUCAUCUCAAUUUUGUGACAAUUCUUCAAAUCACGUUCUCGCUGCCGAGACUGGAAGCCAUCUUACAUGAUACGUUCGGGACCUGCAUGUUUUUCUCCUUCAUAGAAUGGACGCUGACUCCACUUCACUACGUCAAUCUGGUCUUAAUGGACAUUGAAAUUCUUGCAACCGUUCUUGCGUCAGAUCCAAGAUGGCGGACAAGUCCGCAGAAAAGAUUUUUCGUCUCCAUGACAGCAGCUUGGAUUUCGUGCAUUCUUUUUUCAGUAGUAGUAAUGUUUUUCGGUCAUGAGGAGCAUCCACAUUUUCCUAUUUGCUUCCACCAGAACAAAGCCGCUGAAAUUUUAGGUCAUGUAGUACGAACUUUGUUACCGUUCAUAUUUUCAGUAGCACUAAUAAUAGCGGGCUUAGUACUCUUCGUUCGCGCAAAAAGAAGUCCCGAAAACUAUAGCCACAUGACUGUAGAUCGGAUCAGUUUACAAACUUUUAAUGAAUGGUUUGCGUGUUUCAUGAUGUGGAAUAUAUCAAUCGCAUUUGUAGAAAUCCUUGUGUACAACAUGCAAACAUUCUUUUUCGACCUUGGCUUAGUUUUGGACAUUUCGAUUCAAAUGUUUGCCUUUAUUAUACACUAG